AGAGCUUUUCAUAUAAAUGGAAUCUAUCGUAUCGAUAUCCUGUUGUUAGCGUGAAAUAAUAUUCAGCACGUAGUUUUACGUAAAUCCUCUAAAUAAAUGGCAACAGCAAUCAAAGAACGCACAAUUCCUGUUAUGGAUACGCUGGUCAAGUAUGAUACUCCAAUUUUGGUUACAAUUCAUUCAGAGAAGCAACAGGUACGUAAAGAUUUAUCAUUGGCGAAAAUCGGUGUAGCCCCUUGCAAAAUUCAAAUAACCUCAACUUCGGCUGAUGUACGACGAGAAACUAUUGAGAUAUUAAAUAGAAUUUUACCACCAAAGGAAUGGGAAGAGGAUGGUCAGAUAUGGACUCAACGUGUAUCAAGUACUCCUGCAACAAGAUUAGAUGUGAUAAAUUUACAAGAGCAACUUGAUAUGCGAUUGCAACAAAAACAGGCUAGAGAAACUGGUAUUUGUCCUGUUCGAAGACAGCUUUAUACUCAAUGUUUUGAUGAAUUAAUACGACAAGUAACUGUAAAUUGUGCCGAGCGUGGAUUACUGUUAUUACGAGUAAGGAAUGAAAUCAAAAUGACAUUAGCUGCAUAUCAGACACUAUAUCAAAGUAGCAUCGCUUUUGGGAUGCGUAAAGCACUGCAAGCCGAGCAAGGCAAAGAAAAUUUGAUUAAUACAGCCGAGGAAUUAAAAUUACAAAAAAUUGAGUUGGAAAAAACGGUUGCGGAAUUAAGGCUCAAAUAUGAUCAAUCUGAGAAAAGAUCGGCCGAAUUGAGGGAAGCUGAGGAAAAGAAACACAUGGAGGAAGUGCAAUUUCUUAAGAAAACUAAUUUGCAAUUAAAGAUAACAAAGUUGAAAAUAGAUUCAUGUAAAACGUCUUUUAGACGAUCUUGCAUACGAUUGGUUAGAUCUCGCGACAGUAGCGCGCCCGUGCAUUUGCCUUUGUUACCUCAUGGGAAGAAGCGUUCUCCCGCUGAACACUCUGUAUUGUAACGUGGAGACAGCCGGCCGCCAUGUCGCUGCAGUGUGGUACACGAGAAAUAAAGUACUAGUAAAACCGAUCAUAUUCGCAUUGUGGUAUCUCUGCCCUUUUCGUUCCUAUCACGACAACUCCCUUUCAACCCGUCUUUUAUUAAUCCGACUUCCCGACAUCUUUUCCUAUAUAAUUUAAUUAUUGUAUUAUAUUGAUACAUAAUUUUAGUUGCAUU